AAAAAGUGAUUUAAGAAAAAAAAAAUAAAUAGAAAAUUUCUGACAAAAAAGGAUAAGACCAGACCAUAUAUAUUUGUUAAAAAGCCUCGUGUUCUGCUGUCAUCGUCCUUUUAUAUUCUGACAUCUUUCGCUUUGUUUGCGUGUAUGUAUGCGUGUGCCAUUCAACGUGUCUCAAAGUUUCACUGUUGAGUGAGCGUGCAGAAGAAUUUUUCGCUACUUUCUCAUUUCUAAAUUUAUUUACGUUCGCAAAGCACAAACUUGGGUGGGUGCAUAAAACUAAUCCUAUCUGUUGCUUUAAAAAAAUCACAAUUGAAUUCGAAGGCGUUGAUUUGAAUUUGUCAAAAAUUUCAAAAUCAUAUCUCAAAACUAAAAAUCAUAAAGAAUUGAAAAAGAUGCCACGUCGUAAUAAAAAAGGAGGCAAAGGUCGUCUUGGUGACUCCAAUUCGGAAGACGAAUCGUACAACGAUAAUGUUUCCGUUUAUUCGUACGCAUCGGACAAUGCACCUUCUUCGGUAAAUGAUUGUGAUGAGUUGUCAUCAAAUGAACGUUAUGAGGAGCGUUUUAUUCAAGCUUUGGAGAAUGCAACUGAGAAAUCAGCUCAAACACGGACAUUGGCAUUGCAAAGUAUAUGCGAAAUAUUAAUGCAUCGUUAUAUGCCCGAUUUUGUUGAUGAUCGCAAAGUCACCUUGAUUGAUUGCAUUGAGAAGAGUAUACGUCGUGGCAAGGGCGCCGAACAAGCUUGGGGGGCUCGAUUGGCUCCACUCUUGGUGCUGCAAUUAGGUGGCGAUGAAACAAUUUCUAAGACCCUUAAUCAAUUUUUGUUAACUACGGUGCAAGAUAAGUCAGUAACGUUUGACGCCAGAGCCAAAUGUUGUACCGCUUUGGGUCUAUUGAACUUUUUUGGCGGCGAGGAUAUUGGCGAUUUGCUCACGCUUAUGCAAUGCUUUGAAAGUAUUUUCAGUGGCAGCUACUUGAAGGCCGAUGAUAAGGUACCAAUUUCUGUAAGCACAGAAGCUAGCACAUUACAUGCAGAAGCUUUGUCAGCUUGGGGUUUGCUUCUAACUCUGAUACCCCCAGGUGAUUUUGUGGCUUGGAUGACAAGCGGUCAACCUGUACUACCGUCAUUUAAGAAAAUUAUGGGCUUGCUACAAUCACCACAUUUGGACGUGCGUAUGGCCGCUGGUGAGACUCUGGCUUUGAUUUUGGAAUGUGGUCGGUCCCACGAUGAAGAAUUUUUGGAAGACUAUCUCAUCGAUUUAAUAGACAUGGUAAAACAGUUAGCUACUGAUUCUCAUAAAUAUCGUGCUAAGCGAGAUCGUAAAGCUCAAAGAGCUACUUUUAGAGACGUUUUACGAUAUUUAGAGGACGAUAUCUUACCGGAAAUAACUAUACGUUUUGGUAGCGAAAGCCUGGUAUUGGAUUCGUGGGCCAUACAUCAUCAGUACUCGGCUUUAUGCGUUGUUAUGGGGCCUGGCAUGACCAAUCAAUUACAAGAAAAUGAUUUCAUACGGGAUAUCUUCGGCUUGGGCUCUAAAGUUAAUACCAUGAACGGCUCUGCUAAAGCCAAAGCUUCUAAGUUAGAAAGACAUUUAUUGAACGCAGCUGCUUUCAAAGCACGCACCAUAUCACGUGGUAAAAAUCGCGAUAAACGUUCAGCUGUUUUAACUUAAGAGCUAUGAAUUUAUUUAUAAAAGAUGAAAAACACUUCCAACUAGUUUCACUUAGUUACGAUUCCAACACGUAAAUAUCAAACAAAAAAAAAAAAAAAGAAAUUUUUUUUCCAACACAUCGUUUUGAGAAGAGAAUUUAUUAGACUUUUUUUUCAGCCCCUAUCACGUUUGUAACGCUCUUUCAUUAUAUUUUUCAUUAACGCUCAUUUUCAAACCUGCCAGUUAGCCAAAUUUUUGCUAUUUUCUUUCGAUUGUGUGUUCCAGAUAUAUCGAUAUGCAAAUUAAUUAGAAGUUGCCAAACUUUUAAUAUUUUAAUAUAAUUUUUAGUUAAAUUUUAUUAUAUUUAGUUUGCAAUUUUUCCACUACGUAUAUAUAUUAAUUAAAAAAUAUUUUAGAAAAUACAUACAACAUACAUUAUGAUAUCCAAAACUAGUUAAUAUUUACUUUUUCUAAAUGAAAUUUAAUACAACAAAAAAAAAAAAUAAAUAAAAAUAAAAAAAUAAACAAAUAAUAAGGUGUAAGAAGACCCUAUCCAGAGGCCGGCGGGCUAGCUUCGUACACCAUUUAUGUCAACUUCUCCCGAUAUGUUUUUAAAUUUAAUAUAACCGCUUGUUUUGUAAGAAAUCUUUGGCUCUACAACGUUAAUAGUUAAAUAAAUAUAUGUGUGUAUGCAUUGGCCCUGCUACCAGAAUCAAUUGAAUUGGAAAAAAAGACAAAAGAAAAAAGAAAAAUUAGUUCGCCUAAUAAUAAAUAAAUUUAAUCACUAUCCUUUUCUAAUAACUACAUAUAUAUGUAUACACAUAUAUCUGUUAUACAUGUAAAUAAACUAUUUAGGAUUUACUGCUAGUCUACAUGUUUUUUGUAUAAUACAUUAUACUGCUAAACCUAAGCAUAAAAUUCUGCGUAAAUAUUUGAUAUAAAAGUUUCAUCCAAAAAAACAAAAAAAAAAAAAAAAAAAAA